GAAACCCCACAUCUUUGCUCAAAUACAUUGUAUGUGGGUUUCUCUCCUGUAUAUUGUCACAUACCCCAACCUCUCUCCUCUACCUCUCGAAAUAAAGCCAACCCUUCUUCCUUAACCACCCAUCUUUUCAUUUUUCUUUCACCAAAGGGUUUUUUUUUUCCCCCUUUCUCUUCUUCUCUUUUUUUCCCUAUCUGAUAGGGUUUCCAUGACCUUCUGGCUUCAACUAUCUCAUGCAUUCGUGUCUUAAAGCUACAUACGGUGACGUUUCGAUCUUCUACCUCGUUGGGUCUCUCUUUUUUGCUCUCUUUGGAGGGUUUUUGGGCGGGGAACAGUGCAGAUUUCACCUCCCGGGGGUUUUUAAGCUGUACUCAUGUCAAAGCUCUUUGCUAUUAGUGGAAGUGAUGAUUUUUGCCCUGGAGGGUCAAUUUACCCAAACCCCAAGGAGUCAAGUCUCUUUUUGUCCCCUAGACGUCAUGUGGAUGUGUAUUUUCCUUCUUGCAAGAGGUCCCGCAUCAAUGCCCCAAUUGUUUUCUCUGGAGAGAGGUUUGAGCUAAAGAAGCCAUCAAUCGAUGUUCUCCCUGAUGAAUGCUUAUUUGAAAUCCUCAGACGGUUGCCUGGGGGCCAAGAGAGGAGUUCCUGUGCUUGUGUUUCCAAGCGCUGGCUUACAUUAGUAAGCAACAUCCGCAAAGAUGAAAUUAGUGGCAACAAGACCACCCAAGCUUUGACUCUCAAGGAUGAGAGUGCUGAUAAGAAGGCUGGAGUUGUUUCUGGUGUUGAAGUUCGGGAUGUUGAGGAUGAUGGAUACCUCUCUAGGAGCUUGGAAGGGAAGAAAGCAACAGACAUUAGACUUGCUGCUAUUGCUGUUGGAACUGCUAGUCGUGGAGGAUUGGGCAAGCUUUUCAUUCGAGGAUGCAAUUCCAGUCGUGGAGUGACUACCGUUGGCCUCAGGGCCAUUUCCCGUGGAUGCCCUUCUCUAAGGAUUCUUUCCUUGUGGAGUUUGUCUUCUAUUGGAGAUGAGGGUCUGUGUGAGAUUGCAGAUGGGUGUCACCAACUAGAGAAGCUUGAUCUUUGCAACUGUCCUGCAAUUACUGAUAAGUCGUUACUUUCUGUGGCAAAAAGCUGCCCUAAUUUGACUGAUCUGACCAUAGAGAGUUGUGCAAACAUUGGAAAUGAAGGUCUCCAAGCUGUAGCACGCUGCUGUUCUAAUCUAAAGUCUGUUUCAAUCAAAGAGUGCCCCCUUGUUGGAGAUCAAGGAAUUGCAAGCCUGGUGUCUUCAGCCUCAUAUUCCCUGACAAAAGUAAAGUUCCAGUCCUUGAACAUUACUGAUGUCUCUCUUGCUGUUGUAGGACACUAUGGCAAGGCAGUGACUGACCUUUCUCUCACUAACCUUCCAAAUGUGAGUGAGAGGGGCUUCUGGGUAAUGGGUAAUGGUCAUGGGCUACAGAAAUUGAAGUCUUUAACAGUUGCAUCCUGCCGUGGAGUAACAGAUUUGGGACUUGAAGCUGUUGGAAAGGGUUGCCCAAAUUUGAAGCAGUUCUGCCUCCGCAAAUGCGCUUUCUUGUCUGAUAAUGGUUUGGUGUCUUUUGUCAAAGCAGCCGGUCCACUAGAGAGCCUGCAACUGGAAGAGUGCCACAGGAUCACCCAAUUUGGGUUUUUUUAUUCCCUUCUUAACUGUGGUGCAAAGUUGAAGGCUAUUUCUCUUGUGAACUGCUUGGGUAUUAAGGACCUAAACUCGGGAUUGCCUUCUGUAUCCCCUUGUGAGUCCCUCCGAUCACUGUCUGUCCGUAAUUGCCCUGGCUUUGGUGAUGCUAGCUUGGCUGCGUUGGGGAAGUUGUGCCCUCAAUUGCAGCAUGUGGAGUUGAGUGGGCUUCAUGGAAUAACAGAUGCUGGGUUUCUCCCAUUACUUGAGAGUUGUGAAGCUGGUUUGGUGAAGGUUAAUCUCAGUGGUUGUGUGAAUUUGAGUGACAAAGUUGUUUGUAUGAUGGCUGAUCUGCACGGGUGGACUCUAGAAAUGUUGAAUCUUGAUGGUUGUAGGAUCAGUGAUGCUAGUUUGGUUGCAAUUGCAGAGCACUGCCAGUUGCUCAGUGACCUUGAUGUCUCAAAGUGUGCUGUAACUGAUUCCGGAAUUGCUACUCUUGCUCGUUCUAAUCUGAUUAAUUUACAGAUCCUUUCUGUGUCUGGUUGCUCUAUGGUCUCAGACAAAAGCCUACCUUCUCUUGGAGAAUUGGGUCAGACCCUCUUGGGGUUAAACCUACAGCAUUGCAAGGAGAUCAGCAGCGGUGCACUUGACCUGCUUGUGGAGCAGUUAUGGAGGUGUGAUAUCCUUUUCUGAACUAACGGGUAUAGGUCCCUCCACAUAAUACCAUUACAUAGGGUUUGACAAAUCAAGAAGCCUCAGAAUAGUCUCUGAGUAGCAGUAGUUUGUGUAGUUUUUGGGUCCAUCAGCUAUGGGUCUUAUCUUCCAGAACUCAGUCCUCUUUUCCAGGGAAUAUGGCCAUUCACCAUUUUUUGCAGGUUUCCUUUCAUCAGAGAUCUGUUUACUAAAUUUUGAAUCCCAAUAAUGUGUGUUGGUUUCUUCGUGGCUGAAUUAACUUGAGACUACAGAUGCUGGGUUCUGGAUUUUAGGGUAUCUAUCCAAAUUGUUAUGGUUUUUUGUGUUUGCUGGGUGCUGGUGCAUGGUGUUUUUGCUUAGCCUUGUUCAUUUCUGCUUGGGGUAAGCUUUUCUUAGUAUUGUCCUUCCAGUAGUACCCUAUUUAGAGUUUGUCCAAUGUUGGUUUUGCCUAGUCUUUCACGAUUUUGAACUCAAUGUUCUACCCGUGAUGGUUGGGUCUUCUGUUUUUCUCAAGGGUGGAUUGAAAGUCUCGAGUCAUUGUAGUUGUGGUUGCUUUUGGCAGUUUGGAGGUUGGUGCCUAGCUUUCACGGGCUUUGGCCAUGGCAGCAAUUUAUAUAGUCUGCCAUGACAACUCCUGGAGUUGUUUUUUUUUAACCAAGCCCUAGUUUUGCAGGUUUCUUUUCCUCUGAACUGUAGUCUGUAACCUCUCAACCAUGUAAUGAAUUUUACACCUGCCCUUGGAGGUCAUGUAUGUUUCUGUUCCAUUAUCAAUAAAAAGUUGCUCAACUUUAUGUA